AUGGAGAGCUGCGGCGACAGGAAAUUCCAGGCUCCCAAAGCCAAGCGGAUCCUUCAGGAAGCUCCAGGAGCUGCCAGCUCAGCCGUGCCCGUUCCUUCCCAGAGCUGCGAUCCCAAUGGAGAUCCUGCCAAGCUGGAGUCCCAGGCGAGGCUGGAUCCCCUCAGAUCCAAUCCUGUGGAAUUUGCUGGGUCCAACAGCAGCAACAAGGUGGAUCCAGAGGGAAUUCCUGUGGGAGAGCACGGAGCCGGAUCCCCACAGGAAGGAAGAGACAAGGAGGUUGGAAGCAACAGAGCACUAGGAUCACCGAAACAGAGCAUUUCCAAUGGGAUGGAAGAGAAUCUUCUGGAACUGCCCCAGCCGGGAAUUUUGGAAGCGAAUGGGACAGGAGAGGAUGAGCUGGAGUCAUCAAAACCAGGAAUUCUGGAUGGGGCAGGAGAGAAUUGUCCAGAAUCACCAAAACCAGGAAUUCUGAAGGUGGAUGGGGCAGGAGAGAAUUGUCCAGAAUCACCAAAACCAGGAAUUCUGGAUGGGGCAGGAGAGAAUUGUCCAGAAUCACCAAAACUGGCAAUUUUGGAGGUGGAUGGGGCAGGAGAGGAGCCCCCAGAGUCAGGGAAACAUAAAAUUUUGGAUGGAAUGGGACAGAAUCAUCUGGAAUCAUCUCAGCUGGGGAUCUUGGAGGGGAAUGGAGCAGGAGAGGAGCAGCUGGAGUCACCCCAGAUGAGAAUUCCAGAGGCAGAUGAGGCAGGAAAAGAGCAGCUGGAGUCACUGAAGCUGGUAAUUUUGGAUGGAACAGGAGAGGAUCAGCUGGAAUCACCAAAACCAGGAAUUCCAGAGGUGGAUGGGGCAGCAGAGGAGCAGCUGGAAACACCAACACACGUCAUUUCAGAUGGGGCAGCAGAGGAGCAGCCAGAGCCAGUGAAACCAGGAAUUUCAGACGGAGAUGGGGCAGCAGAGGAGCAGCCAGAGCCACUGAAAGAGGGAAUUUGGGAUGGGGCAGGGGAGAAGCAGCUGGAGGCACCAAAAGCAGGGGAUUCUGGAGCAGCCGGAUCCAGCCCCGAGGACACGGAGACUGACACAGCCCCUGCCGAGAGCUCAGAGGUGCUGGAUGCAGAGGGACAGGGGGAAGGUGCCCUGCAGGAGGGAUGUGGCGCUGGGAUUGCCCUGAGCACGGACACAGGGUCCCCAGAUCAUCCCAGAGAUCCCCAGAGCCAUGGAGGGGACGCAGAGAUUGGGAAUUCCCAGAUUGGGAAUCCCAGGAUGGCAACAGCAGGACGAGAUCCAGCAGCCACCAGCACCGAGCCCCAGGAACAGCGGGAAGGAACCAGCCCAGAGCUCCCAGCAGAGAAGCCGUUCCCGUUCCCCGCAGGCCAGAUCCACACCGGAUCCACCGGGACCAGCCCGGUACAGCCACGGGAAAGAGCCCCGGAGCCGGCAGACGCCAGCGAUGUCAUCCGCGGGCUGAUCCGGGAACUCUCCGACCUCAACCGCCUGGCCAUGGGUGCCCACCGGGGACUGGAGCUGCUCCGGAGGCCAAAGCCACGGCGGGGCCGGAGGCCAGUGCCCGGCGGAAGCCGCUGGAAAGAGGGGUAG